AUAAAAAAAAAUCAAGGCCUCCUGAGAUUUGUGUACGAAUGACAUUUUUACAAGUGGCUUUACGAUUGAUGAUCCGCUCCUCACAAAUGUACGGAAUCUAAUUGUGUAAGAGUGUAUUACUACAUCUACGAUCGUAGCCCACAAACACAUGAAAUCUAACAUUUUGCUUAUUUCAGAGUGUACUCCCGUAUCUUAUGUUGUAGUCUUAACACGAUGGUCAUAAAAUACGACGAUGUACUCUGACAUAAACAGAAGAUUAGCUUUCAUGCAUUCAUAGGCAAAAUAGGCUGCUGAGUUAAAAAAAACUCCACUUCUCAUCCUCCAAGGAAAUAAAUUAGGCUCAUGCAAAAAAAAGAAACACACAUUACAAUUCACAAAACAGCUUUCAUUUGAAAUCUCUGUACUCUUACACUUCACGAGGUUGCACGCCUAGCUUAGCUUCUCUCCCAAUUUGAUUUUCCCCCUUCAUUUCUCCAGCUUUCUCUCUGUCUGUUUCUUCUUCUUCUUCUUCUUCUUCUUCUUCUUCUUUCUCUCUCUGGUUUUCGUUUUCAAAACCCAGUGGGAAAACCAAAGGGGGCUUUUGGUUUUUAGGUUCAUUUUCAUUUCAUUUUGAUUCCAAUGUCAUCAUUGGCGACAGUGACGGCUACUAGAAGGCCUAAAUGGCAGUACCCACAACCGGCGCCGCCGACUCCGAGGAUUCUCCACUUUCCGAGGAGGCCAAGGACGCGGCGGCGGGCGUCCAAGAGUCUACCUGCAAAACCCACUUCCGGUUUCGGUGGGAGAGGGAAGCUUGAGGCGUUGUUUGAUCAGGAACGGGAAUUUUUGAAGGAGGAUUUUCCGGUUGUUUUGAUGGAUCGUGAGAGAGAGAGCGGCGGUUACCGCGGAAGAGCAGCGGCGGAGGAGAAGUGGCGGUUUCAGGCGGAGAUGUUGAGGGCGGAAUGUAACUUGUUGAGGAUGGAAAGAGAGAUUACCAACAAGAAAUUGGAGAAGAUGAAGAGUCGAAUGGAAAGAACUCUGAAAUCGGCUGUUCAAGCUCUUGUUUCUGGGAGAAACAAGAUAUACGAGGGCAAGGAUAUGAAGAUGGUAUUAGAGGAUGAGAUCAACGAAUUGGCUCAGAAACUCGAGAGAUUGCGCAGGGGAUCAAGAAAUAAACUAAUUGAAUUUAGGAAGUGUAAUAAUUUUGACAAGCAAGCGUCAUUGCUACAGAGAAAGCUUGAGAAAAUUGGAGAGGACUCUGAUGAACUGAUAGUUACAGAGACGAAGGGGGAUUGUAGAGAUCAGGAAAGCUUCAUAUCAAGUGGCAAAUUCAAUAAUGUUCAGGUGGAGGUUUUGAGGAGAAAAAUGGAGGAUCUGUCGAAGGGAACAUUGUUAGAGAGAAUGAGGGAGGAAUGUAGGUCCAUGCUUUCCACUUCAGCCACCAGCUCCGUCACUUGCUCCGCCGCAUCCUCUAAGAUCAGAACUGAACAUCCGGAUUCUUCCAUGCCGAAACACCUACAGAAUCUGGACUCAACAGCACAAGAACAGAAUCAAUGCUCAGGGCAUUGCAAGGCGAUUAUUCGAAGAAUCACGGAGCAAGUUAAAGCUGAAAAAGAUCAAUGGUCGCAAAUGCAGGAGAUGUUGAAUCAAGUAAGGGAAGAAAUGGAAGAGUUACAGGUUUCUCGUGAGUUCUGGAAAGAUCAAGCCCUAAAAUCCGAAUCACAAAUCCAAUCUCUUCAAUCCUCUGUUGAAGAAUGGAAAGAGAAGGCGAUGGCGAUAGAGAGAUUGAAGAAGAAAGGACAAGGUUCGCCACCUGAUGAAAUGGAGAAGCAUGUGUUGAUUUGCCGAGUGAAGGAGAAGAAUCAUAACCUGCUCCUCCAUGCAAGGGAUGUUCGAAGCAGGAGGAGAGAGAUCUCCAUUGAUGAACAACAAGGUCAAGAACAACAACAAAAAAUUCAUUCGCAAAUCAAAACGAUGGAGAAAUGUCAGCGAUUACCUUUUCGAGAUAUCGGUAACCGUCAUCAUAAUUGAAUUAGACGUCCUUAUCCCUUAGUUCUUAUUUUUUGAUGCAUUUGUUUGUUUCCUUUUUCCGAAUUUGUACAUAUAUCUUGAUGAGCCUUUUCUUAAGGAGAACUAUUAUUUUAAGCUAAAGUCGGGAUUUAUAAAUGGCGCAAAUAACAAAA